AUGGUGGCGCCGACGGCCUGCGCCCGCUUCCUUAUCUCCUUCCCUUCUCCGGUGGCCAUCACUCUCCGGAUAGCCGCCUCGACGGCGGCGGACGGCACCGUCUCCUCCCUCCGCCGCCAGUCCUGCACGGGGACGCCGACCUUGAGCAGCUCCGUGAGCAGGAGGGCGUUCCUCGGCUGGUCCGAAUGCAUGGGCCACGCCGCCACCGGGACCCCCAUACUAAGGCUCUCCAUGCAAGAGUUCCAUCCGCAGUGGCUGAGGAAGAGCGCCGUGGAGCGGUGGCCGAGGAUGUCCAGCUGA